UUUCAUUCAUUGUUUGACCGGAAAGAGAUAUAUGUUUGGUGAAUGAAUCAGUGGGGUUUCAGAGUAAUUUGUUUGUUUAUUACUACUGUUGCGUCUUGGGUGUGAUUUAACGGAAAUUAUUUGUAAAACCGAUUGCCUUAAAUGUUCCUUGUGCGGUAAAAUUAUUUUUUAUUUUGAAGAGAAAUUAUUGUAACAAUCGAUUGUGUUGAGAGUUAUGUAUAAAGGAAGUAAAAAUAAAAUUAGAAUCUAACUAAAGUUCCUAACAAAAAACCAAACAAAUUUACGUGGCAGUAAAGUAAUUUUAAUAAAUUCGUCGAAAAGUUCCUAUUCAUACGUCUUAUUAUACAAAGAAAUAAUAAAUUAUUUAUUGCUGAGAAGGUUGAGUUCUAACUUCUCAAAAGAAAAGUUUAACAAAAAAAAAGUAUAUUUUAGACAACUGAAUAUAGUAAAUAUAAAUCAACCAUCAACCGUACCAAAGAAAGUCUACAAAAACCACAAAACUUAUACUACAUAUACUGCGUUGCAAAGUGCUCUCAGGUGGAUGUGAAGAAUUUUUUGCCGAAACCCGCUCAAUGAAAAAUGUUCUGCUGCGAAUAAUAAUAUUAUCCGCACAUGUAGUAGUAUUGGUGUAAAGGCGACUGAUCCGUCUCCUCUAAUUUACUAAUUUACAUUGUUUGUGGAACGUAGAAAGUGUGCCACGUUAUACAUUUUACGGGAAGUAUAUAGAAGAGUGAACGAAAAAUCGAAAGUGCAAGCAAAACUUUCUGCAUAUAUAAUUACAGGAAAAGUGAAAACUUUGACGAAGUGUUAGACUUAGUGGAUGUUCGGAAGAAUCCAUUACGUUCGAUGAUGCUCUUGGUUUGUUAUGAUGCAUAAAUUAGCGAAUCAAUUUUUCGAAUUGUUCCAACCAAUAACUAGUGUAACCGAAUUCGAAUCAAUUUGAUUGAAUCGAUUUUUAUGUCACACGAAUGUCGACUUUAGUGGGAACGGGUAGCAUAGACAGUUCCGGUUCUUUCGUAGAAAUUGACAGUGAGAAUACAACAUCGUCAUCACACGGAAUAGCUGACGACGACGUCGUUGACACUAAGCCAACACUCACCCAUUAUUCACCCAACUCCUUCAAAAAUAACUUCAAUACGAUGGGUGGUAUAUCGAUACCGCAUCAUGGAUUAUCGGCUGCUUUUCACGGUUAUCACAGUCAUCACAGCGGUGUGAAUAACAAUUCAAAGUCACCGUUUCUGUUGCCGGCUCAAUUAUAUAAAAGUUUGUUUGCUAGUGCGGUGUUACAAAAUCCGGAUAAGAUGAAUUCGGUGCAGCCGUUUCCGAGAAAUUUGUUAUUUUCUUGUGCGGAAAAGUCACCGAAUUCGGAUGGCGAAGUGGAUGAAAAGUGUUCGCUGGUGGAUGAGAAAGCCGCUGUAGCCGCAUUUGCUUGGAGUGGAGAGUCUGGUAUUAGUUCAACAAAUCUAGCGUCAAACAACAAUAACAAUAGCAACAACAAUAACAAUACAAUCGAAGCAACGAAUACAACACCUGUACCCGGAAAUUCACCUGUACCAACAACAGCCGCCACAACGACGACGUGCUCAGCGACCGGACUACCCGCCAUGCCCGUUGGUGGAGUACAAAGCCAAAACCCUACUCAGGGCUUGGUUCAUUGGAUGAGUGCUGUGAUGGCCGAACAUAUGACGUCAAAUUCGCAUCAUGAUCCUACCGUUGGUAUGCAUUACAUGUGGAAUGGUGGCGUUGAUCAAUGUGGUCAGCACACAAAAGAAAUCGACUACGGUGGUUGGCCAGCGCCGAGAAACCACAUGUCAAUGAAGCAAGGAUAUGAGGCAAAAAUGAAUGAACAUCACCACAACAAUUUACAAAAGGGUCAUCUCUUAGACGAUGGCCACCAUGGUGGACAAGGACAGAUGUCGAUUUACGGUGCAACUGGACCAAUACGUUCCAAUUCUUCGAACAGUUCAUCUCCAGGUGGCGGUGGUGGUCAUCCGCACGCCGGAACACCAGCUGCGCUACUUGUCGUUCCACAACCGAUAAAUGCUACGAAAAUCGGUGCUGGUCUCACAAAUGGAGCUGGACCAGGUCGAAAAUAUCAGUGCAAGAUGUGUCCACAGGUAAGACAUAUAUUCAGCUCAAAAGCCGAUCUUCAAUUGCACACACAAAUACAUAUGCGAGAGGCAAAACCAUAUAAAUGUUCACAGUGUUCAAAAGCAUUCGCAAAUUCAUCUUAUUUGUCGCAGCAUACCCGCAUUCACCUAGGAAUUAAACCGUACCGCUGUGAAAUAUGCCAGCGAAAAUUUACCCAACUUUCUCAUCUACAACAGCAUAUUAGAACACACACUGGCGACAAGCCGUACAAAUGUCGACACCCUGGCUGCCAAAAAGCAUUCUCACAAUUGUCAAAUUUACAAUCGCAUUCCCGAUGUCAUCAGACUGAUAAGCCUUACAAGUGUAACUCGUGCUACAAGUGCUUCUCCGACGAACCGUCCCUGCUGGAGCACAUACCGAAGCACAAAGAAUCGAAGCACUUGAAAACUCACAUAUGUCAGUAUUGCGGAAAGUCGUACACCCAGGAAACGUAUCUGUCCAAGCACAUGCAAAAGCAUGCUGAACGAACGGACAAACGUCCACCGAUCACGACUGGCAUCGGUCUGGGAAUCAAUCGGAAUUUAGGUUUAAAUGCACCGUUACCUGCUGGCGUCACCGGUGAGCACCAUCCGUAUUGGCCAAAAGUGAGUCCAGACUCGGCGGCAAGUCUGUCGGAAGUAAUGCAACAUCAGCAGCAACAGCACCCACCCAGUCAUCAUGAUUUCGGUUUAUCGAAUCAUCAGAACAAUAGCCAUGUGGAAUUACAGUCACACCAUCAUCGCAUGCUGGAUCAGCAUCGAGACGACGUUGGCGAAGAUUUGGUCGUCAAUCGGCAGAAUUCCAACAAUCUACUACCACCAUCUUCAACACCGGCUGGCGGCUACGAUACAAUUACAAAGACAACAACCAAUUCAGCAUUUACACCCAUCAAUUCGAUGACACCGCAUUUAAAUUCACUCGGACAUCAUCCAAUGGCCCAGCGACCGUAUCUGUACGAUGCCAUCAGUUUUCAGAAUAAAAACGUCAACCAAAAUUCGGCAAACUCAUUUCCAAAUCAAUUAAUUUCGUUGCAUCAGAUCCGAAACUAUGCGCAUCAGCCGAGCGGUUUGAUGAGCGGCGAACAUUUGUUGGGUGUUAGUGUGGGUUCGGGUAAGGAUAAGGGAUAACUGUACUUUUAAAUUUCAGUUUUUUGAGUGAUUUUUUACGGCGAUUUGUUUAGUUGCAUGUGGUUAGGCGGGCAAGUGUUUAACGGAAACUAGAUUUUUCAUUUGAUUGUCGCACAGAAGCUAAUCACACAAAAUGGUACCUUUAAAAUGUAGAAAACUAAACGCUAUGUAACAUAGUAACAAUAAGGUAACAAUGCCAAUUAUACCAAUCAAGUCUCUCCAAGACUCCACUGGCCGAUUAUUAAUGCAUGACUCGCAAUCGAACCCUAUGCAUCUAAAGUUUCAAUUAUCGUUAAUGGGAAUAAAUAUUUUGUUCGGAUAAUUUCCGAUAGAAUACCGCGGUGAAAACAGCCCUAAUGGUCAGUUCUUCAAUAAAUGACUACAAAUUAGAAAUAAAUUAAAUUGAACACUGGCGACCGCUUACGUAUGCUAAUCAAUCUAAAAUUGAAACUGCAGGUUAGGCUUGCUAUUGGUGUUUGUAAUUUAGUACGGUACACAUCCCUUGAGUUGUCUCGAACACACAGAAUCAUUGCCUCAUCAAGUGAUUUCUUUGCUAAUUCUUUCGAACGAUUUUUGUUACUGUACCAUCAACACUGUGACCUAGUCAAACUAGAUUGGAGUAGAGUAGACAAUUUUGUGAAGGUUUUUGAAUUUCACAACGAAAUAAGUAUUUUGGCUAUGAAAAGCCACUGGAAAUUUAUUUUCGAAUUUUUCCCUGUUAGCGCAAAAUCAAUGAAAUUUGCUGCAUUCCACAAAAAGUACAAAAUUUGGUUUAUAUGUCUCGAAAUGCCAUACUCGAAAAACCGUUCCCGAACUACGAGAAAAAUCUAAAAUUUAUGCCCAAAAGUCAUGAAAAAUUCUUUCAAGUGCUUUUAAAACUAUUAAUGAAACGUGCUAGUUUUCAUGCGCGCGUUGGCCUCCGCUUCGCUUCAUCUUUGGACGUUUUCACCACCUGGGUCGAAAACACACCUUUUUGAUCCUAGUGAUGAAACAUACUAUUUUUUAACGACUGGUCUAACGACAUUUCUAGUAAUAAAAGUGCUGUACUUUCUCUCCCGUGGGGAGAAAAUAGAAGUUUUCUCAUUCGAACUGUCACUUUGCUCAUGUUUUCGAAAGUAGUAUGCCGAAUCGAUGUUUACGUUUCGUGGAGAAAUAAGAAAUUCCAAUUCGUGCGAAAUUGCGCAAACAUCGUUCCUGUUGGAAUUUCCCUUUUUCACCCCUCGGUAAACAAAUAACUAUUUCAUCGAAAAUACGGUACAUUUCAACGAUUUUGCCCUAACUGGGAACAAAUCAAAGAAAUAUAAAUCUUCAGCCGAUUUCAAGCCAAAAUAUUUAUUUCGAUGUUAAAUUCAGAAACCUUUACAAAAUUGUAAAAUUGAGCAUCGUAUAAUUGGGGUAUCUAGCUGAACAUGUGUGGCCCUUAAAAUCUUUGUGUUUAAUAACAAAAAAUCUAUCCUCCCACCACCGACAAUUUUCUUUUUUUUUUUUUUAAUUUGUAAACAGCUGCAUCUUCUGUACACCGUCCACAAAAACCAAUGAAUGAACAAAAAAUAAUGAUUUUGAUCUUAGAACGAUUAUUAGAUGUUAAUAUGCUUAAAGGAUGAAAAAGGUUUUAAACGUAAAUGUGGAAAGAAAUUGAAAUGUGUAAAUAGGAUGAAAUAAGAAAUUAAUUUAAUAAAAAACUAAAAAUUUACAGAAAUAUUUUGCACGGAUUAAAGAAACUGUGAUAUAUAUAAAAUGACGAGCAUGAUGAACACAAUUUUUUUCCUUAAAAAUACUUAAAUGAAUUAAUUUUGAAACAUGAAGGAGAAACCCUACAUUUUAAAAAUGAUAAAAUAUUUAAGAAACAAAGAUGGUACAUUUUAGAUAACAAAAAUGAUAAAUGAUAAAUAUAUUUAUGUAUAUUUAUUUGAACGUAAUCGUAAUACACCUUAAAGUUAAAAGAAAAAAUAAUUAAAUUUAAUUCAAGAAAAAGUGUACGUUAAUCUAUCCUACAUUUAAACAAACAAAAAAAUUGUGUAAUUAUUACGGUAUAUGGUUGUACAUAAAGGAAAAUAAAAUAGAAGGAAAACCGGAGAAAUUAACUUGAAAAAAUGGUAACUUGGUCUCACCUUCAUCAGAAUUUAUUUUAAAAAAAAUAUGAGAAUGUUCUGUAGCGACUCGAGCGACUUGUGUUUGUCUAAUAUGUGAUAAUUGUGAACAAUACUGUCUGAAUUACUAAAAAUUUCACAACAUAAAUACAUAUUUUCAGUUCUACAUUUGUGUUUAGCUGUAGGGUGACUGUAUAUUGACUGAAUUAGUAACAAUAACAAAAUAAUUCGCUGCGCUCUGGUCGAAACUUACAUCACUACCAUUCAAAAGUAUUCGGUCAUUGUGUGUUUUCAAUGUAAAUUGACAAACUUUGAGAGGGCGCCAAAAAUCGAAAUGGUACCGGAUUUUCGCGAAAGAUGGCGCAUUCGAUAACUUGAUACUUAAUCUUCAAAGGAAAAAAAUAAAAAAUUAUUUUCACAAAAUAUGAAAAUUUUGAGAAAUCCUAAUUUUUGCAAAGGUCUGCAUAGUCGGGGAACCAUUUCGAUUUUUGGCGCCCUCUCAAUGUUUGUCAAUUUACACUGAAAACACACAAUGAUCGAAUACUUUUGAAUGGUAGAGUAUUUGUGAUUUGUUUCUAUUUUGUGACAUUUAGGCAUAAAAGUGUUAUCGUCGAUAUUUUCGAAAAUUAAGGAAUUUUCAUAAAUUUUUGGGAUCUCCAAAAAUUGAGAAAAUUUGAAAAAUGUACAAUCUGUUUAUGAGAAUAAAAUUAUCAAACUUUUGUUUGCAAAAAGUCUCACCCUUUCCCCUUCAAAAGACAGAGAAUCCAUUAAAAUUGUCUUGUGCGAAGCUAGAACAAAUUAAUGGAUGUUCUUACCCGUCAAAAAUUGAUAAACUCCUAACAUGACAUGCGAUAAAAAGUUUCAGCUCUCGGGAUUCGAGGCGUAGCCGAGGUCAACAAUCAUAUGAAAACCUGACUUUAUUUUUAUCUAUAGUUUUGUAAUAGAUGUUAGUCGCUGCAUCCGAAGGAAAUGUUUUUAUUACCUGAUGACAUUUGCUGUAAUUUUUAUUUCCCAUGGGUAAAAUAGCGUAACUAAUGGUUUGGACAUUGUUAUUUUCACUUGUGUGGUUGCAUUCCUCUUCUCCGGUUCGAGCUGCAAACGUCACACUUGUCAAAAUAAAAAUCUCCAAACCAGUACGCAAUCUACUAUUACAUGCUGCUUCCAAACUAAUUCUCUUGUUUUCUUUAGUGAUGUAAUGAGUCUUAGAAAAAUCCCUAUUUUAUCAUCUCCACAAUGGAAGCGCGCUUACUUUGGGUUGUUACCUCUUAAAGAAGUGAGACAAAUAGUAUAUUUGGAACGAAUUUUGUAUUUCGUAAAAGUAAAAGCGUCCGAGGACUUUCGCCCGAGGCACUUUUACUCAUCGUGAAACGAAAUAUCAAAUUAUUUCCAGACUGUAGUAUAAUAUUUACGAAGGAGGGAAAGACUUUUCCCUAGGGACGGAAAGUCCAUUUUCCCUUCCUAGUAGAGAAAAUAUUUUUUUUUUUAGUUACAAAAUUGCUGGGACAUUGAAAUUGAUUGACAUGCCACUAUAAAACUUAAAUGUUGUCUUUAAAUGGUGUCUUCUAUGAACUUACAGUGUUGACUAAUAUAAGCUAACGUAAAUUUGCAUGUUGAAUGUAAUGAAGUAAAAGAUUUUCUAUGAUUUUGUUGAAACUAUUCAGUGAUCAAGAAGUUAAUUAACAAAUUUGAUAAUUAUAUUCGUCGUAUAUGAAAACAUUUUUGGACAAACAAACAUCGUACGUCCCAUAGCAUUCUCUGUUAAUACCAUAACGACGAGAGUUCGAUUUAAAUUCAGGCUGCAAUAUGAAAUAUGAUGAAACACGACACAUUGAUCAAGUUACAUUUUUACGUACAUUUCCAGAUUUUAAAGAUUUCAUUGUAAUUUUCGUAAACAAAUAUAAAGUUAGGCAAAUGGAAGAACAUUUAAUUGUAAGCAUCUCAGUGUUAACGUUUUAAACUACAACAACAACAACAAAAAAUUAUUAGCAUAAAAGUGAAGAGUAUGUUUAGGGUAAAUCUUGGUUUUUCCCAAAGAGGAAGAAGAGA